AUAAGGAAGCUCAACUCCAAGAGGCGUUCAAUAUAAGCUCACCGAACCAAGAAAUACGAAUUGGCUUCCCUAGCCCUGAACAGGAAUGUAACAGCCCACCCCUCGCAAGGCGCACCCCACGCAAUCAUGCACGCAACUCUGUCCUGUAUCGAAGACCAUUCGUCAUUGGAAGCUGAUCCCCGAAUCACCGCCCAACCCAUUGGAUUCGCCCCUCUAACCCCUGUCGACCGGCUUAUCCGAGCCCCAUCCAGCCAGAUUCUCCGGCCUCCGCCCUGUAGGUCGCAGUCGCCGAAGCCACCCCGAAGCCCCCGUCCGCGAUUAGCGAGCCGACCAAUCACCCGGGGCGGUGCAUGCCAUUCCAAAAGGUCGAUCGAUUCUCCACGCUGCCAGACUGGGAAGGCGACAAAACUCAGAACCCAGAAUCAAAACCCAGAAUCAAAACCCAGAAAUGCGAUUCGGGAAUCUGGAUCUUUCGCGGGCCCCAGUGAGGCGGCGUGGCGCGGAAUCCAACCCGGUCCCGAGGGUGUCGGUUUGUGUGUGGUUUUAGGGUGCGAAUGGUCUUGCGGGUGGGCGCGGAGGAAUCCGAGUUGUGAGAUGCCUCGAGGUGCUUGGGCCCUAGGGGGAUGGCGCUCCAUCGACGUGGGACUGGGUCUGGUUGGCGGCAGAUUUGGUGGAUGAUGGCUGAUGGGAGAUGUGGACGUCAGAUUGCGAAAUGGGUUUCGGGGGCGGAUGGACUCCGUCCCUUCACCUUAUUACGAUGCCGACGCUCCACCUCUCUUGGUAUCACUUGAUCCUUCUUUCUGCUCUUCGACACAGUACGAUGUGAAUAUGUCAUGGUGUUAGUUGAGGUCGUCCCUCGUUAUCACCACUACGGUUCAACACUGCCGAUUAUCUCCUUUUCGACCGAAUUGCUCUCCAACGUCACUUCCACGCGAUAUCCCGGCCACAGUCUCCCUUCCGUCACUCCACGACGAUAAGACAACACAAAACACUUUCACGAACUAUACAUAU